AUGAAAGGAGUCACCUUAGUUGCUGCGGCCUGUCCGGUCAUUCUCGGGACAGGGGUUGCUGCUUACAAUCUCCAAUGGGAUGUUAAUUCCAGCAACUUCCUAGAUUACUUUGUUUUCGACACGGAAACCGAUCCCACGAAGGGAUUUGUCAACUAUGUUGAUCAGAGCACGGCAUCCAAUGACGGCCUUUACAAGACGAACAACAACCAGAUCCACCUCGGGGUAGAUAGCACUACCAUGCUUGACUCAUCUGCAACGGGUCGAAACUCGGUGCGCGUCUAUAGUCAGGAUACCUUUAGUAGUGGAAUCCUAAUCACAGACUUUGCACACCUACCCGUUUCCGUCUGUGGUAUCUGGCCUGCAUACUGGACAAUCAACAACCAGGCGAACCCCUACGGCGAAAUUGAUAUACUGGAAGCAUACGAUGAUGUUGCUGGGGCGUACGUCUCUCUGCACACUGGCAAUACGUGCACUCUUUCGAACAGUGGUUUCACUGGAACAGACGUUCGUACUGACUGCACUCUCUCCAACGGUGGUGGCUGUGGAGUCCAGAGUACGUCCAACCAAUUUGGCGCCGGAUUCAACGCUGCUGGUGGCGGUGUCUGGGCCCUCUCUCUUGAAGAUUCGCUUCAGCUUUGGGUGUUUACACGAGAUGAAAUCCCAGCGGACAUUACUAGUGGUAACCCAGAUCCUUCCAGUUGGGACACUCCUUUGUUUAAAUUCGAUUCAAACAAUGGGUGUGAUGUGGCUAGCAACUUCAUUGACCAGACAGUCAUCUUUAAUCUCGAUUUCUGCGGUGACAAUGGGGCCGGUGGUCAGGAGUGGUCGGAUUGGACGGAUUGUGCUUCCUCCACAGGUCAAUCGACAUGCAAUGCUUAUGUUGCUGCAAACCCUUCGGCGUACUCUGAGACUUACUUCUCCAUUAACUCCAUCAAAUUAUACCAGUGA